AUGAAGCGGAAGAGGAGCGCCGACCAGUUUUUGUUCCGCCCAAGUGAAGAAGUGAAGAGUCUCCCCGUCCGUCAAAAAACGAACCGAAUUUUGUCGGAGUUGGCCGGGAAUGAUGUCCUCAUUGUCAUCGGCGAGACCGGUUCAGGAAAGACGACGCAGAUUCCGCAAAUAAUAGUUGAGUCAGAUUCGUCCGCCUCUGUUGUCGUGACGCAGCCACGCCGAGUUGCUGCAAUUACGGUCGCGACCCGAGUGGCCGAGGAGCGAAAUGUUGAGCUUGGCAUGCAGGUUGGCUAUGCAGUUCGCUUUGCGGACAAAUCACGGCGUGGGUUAACGAACAUACGGUACGUCACCGAUGGCGUGUUGCUCAGGGAGGCGCUCGCGGAGGGCUCGAUCGGACUCAAGAAGCGCUACUCGCAUGUUAUUAUCGAUGAGGUGCACGAGCGGGCCAUGAACACCGACAUUCUAUUGGGUGUGAUCAAAGAGACGUUGCUAGCUGAAUCUGCGAAGAAUGCGAAGCCGCAGACCGGCUUUGCGGCGAAAAAUGAGAUGUUUGCAAGAAUGAUUCGGAGUAAGCUUGCUUUCAAGGUUGUGAUCAUGUCGGCGACUACAAACGCGGACAAGAUUGCAGAAUUCUUUCGAAACAAAUCGUCGCUGAGAGUCUCGGUCCUGAAAAUUGCUGGGCGGACGCAUGACGUUCAAGUCAUGUACUCGUGCAGCCCGGUUCCGGACUACAUUGACGGCUCUGUCGAUACGGUUAUACAAAUUCAUAGUGGUCAGCCCAUGAAUGGAGAUAUCUUGGUGUUUUUACCCGGACAGGAAGAGAUUCUGUCGGCUAUAGCAAUUACGAAGGAACGCCUAAAGAGACACAAGUCGGGUAAAUCCAGCAAGGAGCCAAACAGAGAGUUGAGAGUUUGUUCUCUCUUCGCAUCAUUAUCUUCGGACGACCAAUUGCAGGCCAUUGAGCCACUACCGGAGGAGCUGCGACCGGGUGUACGCAAAGUGAUAUUUGCAACGAACAUUGCUGAAACAAGUAUUACCAUUCCUAACAUUGUGUACGUCGUUGACAGCGGCGUUGUCAAAGUCAGGAAAAUGAUGCAAGAUGAGGGCUUGUUUGCAGACGUACUCGCAGUACAACCAGUCUCGAAAGCCCAGGCUGACCAGCGCAAAGGUCGGGCGGGGCGGACAGCACCUGGGUUCCUUUUUCGUCUCUACGUUGAAAAGGAAUAUAACGGAAUGGAGGACUAUCCUCAGCCAGAAGUACUCCGAACUGACGCCUCGGCUUCGGUGCUCCAGAUUGUCUCUCUUUGCAAGGCAUUUGCGAAAAGCCGAUCGGCUACACAGACAGAGAAAAUCAAGAAACUGAAACCGGGUGCCGAGGUCACACGUUUUCCUUUACUUGAUAGGAUUCCGCAGCCAUUUAUGAUCAGUGCUGUGGAAAAUCUCAUUCUUCUCGGCGCAGUAGACAAGUCUCUGAAGCUGACAAAUGCUGGGGUAUUGAUGUCACGCUUACCAGUCCCACCGAUGUUGGCGCGCUGUCUUCUUGAAUCUCUUCGAGUUGGGUGCGUCGAGUCCAUGAUCGGUGUAGCUGCUGUUUUGAGCGUGGAAGGGGCCAUAUUGAUGUCUCCAACUGCAAAACGCGACAAAGCUAAAGCGGCACAUAGGCGUUUCUUGAGCAUCUACGGAGACCAUCUGACGUUAUUGAAUGUUUUGAAUGCUUUUUUACCUCUGGAUGGAGCUGCUAGACGAAAAGAGUUUUGUCGAGACCAUUUUCUGAAUUAUCGCACGCUGGUAUCAGCCGAGAGCAUUCGAGUCCAACUCAGUCACAUCCUAGAUCUGGGCGCCAUGGUCUCAUGGGGCCUAUCUAAUCCCCUUUCUGCCUCCCUUGCAGCGGACAUUGAACAUGCUGGCAUAGAGGAGCUCGUGAGGCGGUGUCUGGUUGCAGGAUUUUUUCGGCAAACUGCAAAAAAAAGUCGUGAGAGCGGAACUUACAUACCAAUGGGACUCGGCAGUGCAGCUAGUGACUCAGAUGAGUUGGCUGUGAGGCGACUGGAUAUCCACCCCAGUUCAUCCCUCAGAGCCCUCAGAUCACGGAGAAAUCCACCGUUUGUGAUCUACGACGAGUACGUGGUUACCACGAAACGGUACCUCCGCACAGUCGUCAGCUUUGAAUCCGCUUGGCUAUCACAACACUGCAGCUACUUCAGAUAG